UUUUCAUUGGUCCAGACGAGAGAUUUUGGGCAGGCGUCGAAUGAACCGAAGGUGAAAAUACUUUGAACAAUCUCACGAGAAAAUGUGAGAUUUUACCGAUUAUUGUUUACAUUGCAAAAACACGAGAACCGAAUCGAUCCGGAUUCAGCUGAAACGGAUCGCAACCGCACAACUUCCGAAACAGGAUUGGUUUCUCCCCUGCAGCGAGGAAGGCGACUGGAACAGAACUUUUGUUUUCAUCGACCUGAAAAGCCAGGACCCGAAAUUCAUCUCACCACCGGGGGAGAAAAUAAGAAAUAGGGGGUAACUGUAACCCUGGCUUUAAGAUAUCAUUUAUACCUGGCGAAAAAACGCAGAAUCUCGAGGGUCGCCAUUGUGUGGAAGGUAGACAAACGACAAAGGCACGGUAUGGUCCUCGGGGAGAGGGAUGUAAUGGGCAUCCCCGCCUAAGGAGUACAGAAAGGUGGGUUUGGGAUACCCGGAGUCGUCGAGGCCUGCGAGGGAAUCCUCUGAGUCUACCGUGAACCACACGGCGCACUCCCCCGUCUCCAUCGCGGACAAUCAACACGGGAGGAACGCGGCUGUGAAUGCGGCCUAGCCUGGGAGGGUCUGCUGAAUACUGUAGAGACAACGGGGACGGUUUUAGGGUUAUCAGCGAGCCCUCUGGAGGACCGAGAAAAUCUCAAACCACACCAUGAUGGAAGAACUGCAUAGCCUGGACCCCCGACGGCAAGAGCUGUUGGAGGCUCGCUUCACUGGAGUUGGUGUAGCUAAGGGCUCUGGUCAGAAUCAAAAUGAGUCAUCCAAUCAGAGUCUAUGCAGUGUGGGCUCACUCAGUGACAAAGAGCUAGAGACGCCAGAGAAGAAAGCAAAUGACCAGAGGGUAAGAAAACGGAAAGCAGACCACUUUGACAGCAGCCAAGGCAAAGCAGGACCAAGAGGGCAUAAAAUUAGUGAUUAUUUUGAGUUUGCGGGAGGUAGUGGUCCUGGUACCAGCCCUGCCAGGGGAAUCCCACCAGUGGUCCGCUCUUCCCCACAACACUCCCUAUCCAACCCCCCUGUCACGGUGCAGCAGGGAAGUCCCUCCUCUGUCAGCUCAGCCAACACAGAGCAUUCAUCGGGUUCACUGAAACCGGCUCCUCUUCAUGUUUUCCACAAAGCGACACAGUCCGACCUUACUAUAGAAAAACUAACAGCAAUGGAGAACAACAAGAACUCUGACCUGGAGAAGAAGGAGGGACGAAUAGACGAUUUACUUCGGGCAAACUGUGAUCUUAGGAGACAGAUAGAUGAACAGCAAAGGAUGCUGGAGCGAUACAAGGAACGCUUAAAUAAAUGUGUGACCAUGUCUAAGAAGCUGCUGAUUGAAAAAUCCAAGCAAGAGAAGAUGGCAUGUCGGGACAAAAGCAUGCAAGACAGACUUCGACUGGGCCACUUUACCACAGUGAGACAUGGAGCGUCUUUUACUGAGCAGUGGACAGAUGGAUAUGCUUUCCAAAACCUCAUUAAGCAACAAGAAAGGAUCAACUCCCAGCGGGAAGACAUUGAAAGGCAGAGGAAGCUAUUGGCCAAACGAAAGCCACCCUCCAUGGCCCAGACUCCACCGCCAAGCCUGGAGCAAAACAAACGAAAAAGCAAGACCAAUGGAACAGAAAGCGAAGCGUUAUCACAAGCAGAGUACCACGAGCAAGAGGAAAUCUUUAAACUAAGACUAGGCCAUCUUAAGAAGGAGGAGGCUGAGAUUCAGGCAGAGCUGGAGCGGUUGGAGCGAGUGCGAAAUCUACACAUUCGUGAAUUGAAAAGGAUCCACAAUGAGGAUAAUUCCCAAUUUAAAGAUCACCCUACGCUAAAUGACCGAUACCUGCUACUUCAUUUACUUGGGCGGGGAGGUUUUAGUGAAGUUUACAAGGCUUUUGACCUAACAGAGCAAAGGUAUGUUGCGGUCAAAAUCCACCAAUUAAACAAGAACUGGAGGGAUGAGAAGAAGGAAAAUUACCACAAACAUGCUUGUAGAGAAUAUAGAAUCCAUAAAGAGCUGGACCACCCACGAAUAGUUAAACUCUACGACUACUUUUCACUCGACACUGACUCGUUCUGCACCGUCCUGGAGUACUGUGAGGGCAAUGACUUGGACUUCUACCUGAAGCAGCACAAGCUCAUGUCAGAGAAAGAGGGCCGCUCCAUCAUCAUGCAGAUUGUUAACGCCCUCAAGUACCUCAAUGAGAUCAGACCGCCCAUUAUCCACUAUGACCUUAAACCUGGCAACAUCCUCCUGGUAAACGGUACUGCAUGUGGUGAGAUCAAGAUUACAGACUUUGGCCUGUCAAAAAUCAUGGAUGAUGACAGCUACAACUCUGUGGAUGGGAUGGAACUAACAUCACAGGGAGCAGGGACAUACUGGUAUCUGCCCCCUGAGUGCUUUGUAGUUGGGAAGGAACCACCCAAGAUCUCCAACAAGGUGGAUGUUUGGUCUGUCGGAGUCAUUUUCUACCAGUGUUUGUAUGGCCGAAAGCCCUUUGGACAUAACCAGUCGCAGCAGGACAUCCUGCAGGAAAACACCAUAUUGAAGGCAACAGAUGUGCAGUUUCCUCCCAAACCAGUAGUCACACCUGAAGCUAAGGCCUUUAUAAGGCGCUGUUUAGUUUAUCGUAAGGAGGACCGUAUUGAUGUGCACCAGCUGGCCAGUGACCCCUUCCUCAUGCCACACAUCCGCAAGUCAGUGGCCUCCUCUGGCACCUUGGGCAUGGCUGUGGCCUCCACAUCCAGCUCCCCCAAUAACAGCGCCUCAAACUGAACUGAGUGGCUGAACCAUUUGAAAGAGUGGAGAAGGCGAGUGCUACCACGAAGACCACGAAGAGUCCAAGAAAAGAAGUCAAAUUUGAGAGCAAGGGGUGCGUGAGAAGUCAUAGAUGGGUUGGAAAGGGAGACAUGUGUCACCUUUCAUCCCCAUCAUGUCCAUCCACGCCUACCUCCUUGUCCUCAUUUUGCAAAAGCAGUGGCAUCGAUCUGGGGGUCAAAGCCCUGGAUGACUCGCACAGCAAGGGGCGAGGUUUUUUGGCGCUAUGUUGGUUAAAAGUGGGGUUCCGUGAUUUGGAUUUUUCUUUUCUGCUUAAAAAAAAGAAAACAAAGGAAGUAUAGAAGUGCUUCAGCUUGGCCUGAUGAGAAGGACUGAGGAAAGGCCUCAUAACCCAUGCGCACUCACAGACAUGAACCCAUGCAUGAGCCACUCUGGUCGGAGGUAGUGUGAACUUCCCAAAUUCUAACAGGGUGUUUCUUCUCAUCUCCAUGAAACAAACUGAGAGAAAAAGUCUGGCUGCCGUUACAUUAAAUCCUAAAUAUAUUUGGCUCUAUUUCAUCCAGCUCGCCGUUACUGGGAUCCUCUGCCCCACUUAAAUUCCACACCCAGAUUAUUUGUGACGAGGAGGGACAGAAGCUACUAUUCCCUCUACGCCCCUCCCUCUCAUCUCCUCGUCAAACUUCUGUGACCAAAGCUUAGAACUUCCAGUUGGUGGCAGUGUUACACCUCAGUUUUUAUAAUGAAUGGUUUUAGAACGGUGUUACAUGAUAUGAAGUGGAAGCUGUUGAGGAACGACCUCUCUCACGUUAAAAAAAAACAAAAACACGUUUCAAUGUUAACCAGUUUUACUGUUGAAAACUGUUGUUUAGCAAGUUGCCUUUUAAUUACAGCUGUUAUCAUUUUUGAUCGACAUCCCCUUACCAUAAACAUAUUUAUUUAGAUACGUUUUGAAUUUAUUUUUGGCCAACAAAAUGCAAGGGGACUGGUUUACCUUAUAGUGCUGUGGGGGGAGAAUGGGCCUUAGCAGACCGUUGCAUAAACCAUUAAAUACUAUUGGUUAAAA